CCACAGUAUGCCAAUAUGGUAUAUGGGGGAAAGCCGAGCACGGGAUGCUACUUAUGCCGCAAACGGAAGAUCAAGGUAGGACUGUAACAAGAACCUUGUUAGCUUAGCCUCAUUUUCACCUUCUUUACCCGGCUGGACUCUAUGGAAUCCAAGGGUUCAUUCAUCUUGAUUCGGACCACAAAGCUAAGCGCAACUUAAAAAGUGUGAUGAAGCGCUGCCGGGAUGUCGAAACUGCUCUGUAUACGGGCGCCCAUGUCCAGGAUAUCGACCAGAUACAAUUUUCCGUAAUGAGACCCAAAAAGUGGAACGGCUCAUGAGGAAAAGGAGUACCACACCCACUGAUAGCCAGCGCAGCAGUCGGAGUACCUCCGUUAGUCCUAGCAGUCCAGAACUGUCACUAAUACUUCCCCAAAUCGCUGACUCCACGUGGGAGGAACGAGCAGUCUGCCACUUCUUUGAUCAGUUCACGUGUAUUAGUGAUGAGUAUUUGAACCAUCUGGGCUUCUUGCCUUCCCUGUAUGCUACAUGUAGGGACAGUAGGCAAGACGAUUCAGUAUCAUCCUGCUUGAGGCUGGCAACCGAAGCAACUGCUCUCAUAACACUAAGCAACCAUAUGAAGGCGCCUCCACUUCUUCUCAAGGCAAGAGGAUACUAUGGAUUGGCGCUCCAUGGGCUUCGGCGCUUACUGAGCACACGGUCUCAGGCAGUCAGAGACGAAACUUUUGCCACGAUGGUCAUUCUCUCUAUCUUUGAAGACAUCGCUGGAGAACGAAAGGGGCUUCACAGCUCACAUACAAAAGGAUUCGGGCUUCUGAUGGGCAUGCGAGGUGAAAGCCAAUUCAGCCAUGCACAAGGUCGCGAUUUGUUCAUCUGUGCUUAUGCACAUACUCUUAUUGAGAGCAUUGUCCUACGGACUCGGCCGCGAAAUGCUAGCACAGAAUUGAUUGUCGGACAACUUGACGGAUCCGAGCCGGUGGCUAUGUUAAUGCUAACGGCAUCCAAGAUUGGCCAGCUAUUCGCCGAAAGUUCUUCCCAUAAGGGGCCAUUAGACAUAGAUACCAUUACACAACUCAACACAUGGAUAGAAACUGGCAGCCUUUUAGCUCUGGAGAUGGCCAACUGGAGUCAGCAUUUACCGGACCACUGGCUUCCUCUCGUUGUCUAUACGGCUACGGGUGGACCGCUCAUGACUUAUCAGAGUGCAUCUAUUGCAGCAAUUUGGACAUACUACCGCGCGGCCCGGAUUAGCCUCCAAAGACAUUUACUUGAUCUACGCCAGACCCUUGCCUCUCUCGUCGGUGACAACCAGGCCUGCGACGUCGACCGCGAUGCGGCGCUGGAGGAGAUUCAGGAGAUGACCACCGAUACCUGUCGGAGUAUUCCCUUUUCAUUGGGGGAUAUCGAUGCACUUGGUCAAUCGAUCCCAGCCUCUGCUGAGGGACGACCGCCCGUUCGCGCUCUUUACGGAUACAUGAUGCUGUGGCCGCUAUGGUAUGUUCUGACGUUCGGCAUGGGCACAGCGGCACAGAUAGAGCAAAUCCGAAGCGCAUUGGGUAGGGUCGGUUCCGUGCUGGGCAUCAAGCUGGCGCUUAUCCUGGCGCAACAGGGAAGCAUGUCCCACCAUGCAACUGCAUUGACCCCAAACCCUUACCGUUUCAUACCAUCGACGAUCUAAACCCCCUUGUACAUGAAGCCUGUUGGAUGGGCAUUGUCAAUAUGGUUUACGACUGCCCUGUAUAAUGCUUAUGAAU